AUGAAGAUGAAUAUUGCACUACUAGUGCUUUUCCUGCUGCCAAUUACUGUUGAAACAAUAAAAGAUACACCUAAUCAUGAAGGGAACAAUCAAUGUGUGACGGAAAUGAACUCGUUCCGUACACUACUUAACCUUGCCUCACACCUCGUGAACCUACAGCAAGCUAAUUGCAAUAAAAGUGAUACUGCCACAUCAGCAGGAAUUAUGAGCAAGGAGAAUAACACAGAGUGGGCUACAAAACAAGAUAUUAGAGAAAUAAAUCAGAAAUUGGCAUCAAUUUAUGAUUUACUACGGGACUGUAGAAAAGAUAUAAGUAAAACAUUUUAUCCGAAAGACUGCCAGGACCUGUUGCUGAAAGGUUACAGGGAAAAUAAUGUGUACACAAUUUACCCGAAUAAAGGAUCUGGUUUCCAGGUUUACUGUGAUCAAAAGACAGACGGCGGUGGAUGGACGGUUAUACAGAGAAGACGGGAUGGAUCGGAAAAUUUCUUCAGGACCUGGAAUGACUACAAAAACGGAUUUGGAAAUUUAUCGAAUGAGUUUUGGCUAGGGAAUGAGAAAAUCCACAAAAUUACUCAAUCAGGAAAAUACAAACUGCGAAUUGAUAUGACAGAUUUUUCCCGAAAUUCCCGUCAUGCAAGUUACAACACCUUCAAUGUUGGAAAUGAGAAAGCGGGAUAUAUUUUGCACGUCUCCGGUUAUAGUGGAGACGCUGGGGACUCAUUUUCGUCUCGACAUAAUGGUGCCAAAUUUGUCACAAAGGAUCGUGAUGAUAAGGACUCUUGUGCAAAGGAAUAUAAAGGCGGUUGGUGGUACAAAUCUUGUCACCGUUCAAAUCUGAACGGCCUGUACUUGAAAGGAAAGCAUAAAUCCUAUGCUGACGGUGUAAACUGGUAUCACUGGAUGGGAUAUUAUUAUUCCCUGAAAUUUACUGAGAUGAAAAUCAGGAAAUGA